AUGUUUUCUCUAUUGGAACAGAGUUUUUUCUUGCUGACUUCUAUGGCUUAUGACAGAUACGUGGCUAUUUGUAUUCCAUUACACUACAACGUAAUGAUGAAUAAAAGGACAUGUGUGAUAUUAGCCAUAUUUUGUUGCAAUAUUGGAACUUUUAACUCACUGAUGUAUGCAUUACUUAUAUCACAAUUAUCAUUUCCCAUUUCCAGUGAAAUCAACCAUUUCUUUUGCCAUAUGAAGUCAUUACUUCGUAUUUCCUGCAAUGACAGCAAAAAUAUUGCGAUAUUAAUUACUGUUGAUGGUAUUGUUUUAGGGUUUGCCACCUUUAUAUUAAUUCUCACCUCUUAUAUGUACAUCAUAUCUGCAAUUCUAAAGAUCCAUACAUCCGCUGGGAGACUUAAAGCAUUUUCUAGCUGUUCUUCUCACAUCAUCAUUGUUGUUUUAUUCUGUCUGACAUCUCUCACUCUUAACAUGAAAUCGGAAACAGAGUCUUCUCAGGAACAGGACAAAAUACUCUCAAUGGUGUAUAUUGCUCUAGUUCCAAUGUUAAAUCCCUUAGUAUACAGUCUAAGAAAUAAAGAAGUUCUAAAAGCUAUAAAUGAAGUUUUUUCGAAAUUCAAAAAUUAG